AUGUCAAUCUCAUGGCUGUAUUCGGUCCUUCUGACCUUGACCUUUCUCCCCAACACUGCUGCAUUCGAAUGGGACGACUUCACCAAUAACUUGGCAACCGACUUAGGACCUCUCAUUGCGCUAUUUGGCGAGCAAGUGACAAAGCAAUUUCUAAGCGAAUCUCUGACUACAUGGGACAACAUAAUAUUUGCAGUAGCGCCAUUGGGAAUCCUUACGGCUGUGGUUUCAGCAAUCCGUGUUUGUGGCAGCCCCUCUCUGCGAGCCUUUAUUGGAAGAGCACAAGAAGGUCCUGGGAUUGCGGAAGCUGAGCUGCUAUCCUGCACAUCAGAAACGACAUCUGAAUUGUGGAACCAAGGUGGAAUCGCUCGAGUGUUUGGCAGACCACAAAUCCUAGAAAUAGUAAGGACUACGAACAAAGACAAGGAAACGUGCAUGAGGCUCUUCGACCAAGCUUGUGGACAACUGAAGGAAGAUGCAAGUAAGGAGUCGGCCAGUGGAGAACCAUCAUGGAUUGUCGAACGAGACGAAAAAACUUCCCAGUUUGACACCCGUGGACACCUUAGCCCUAAUCUCUCGCUGAACUUUGGAAUCAAAAGGCUACGCAAAGCGUUCACCUACGGUGCAGCUAUCCUCGGGCUAACGCUGCAGAUUGUCUUGGUCUAUGCAGGACUGACUGCUUACCGGUUCCCUCAAAACUUUUUGUUGAACGACAAACCGAUAGAGAGAUACGCUUUCCCACUGACUUUCUCCGGUACACUAUUGGUGUGCUGUGGCAUGUUUCUCUGCGCUUACAUCAUUGAAAAUCAGACGGAUGAGAUAUAUUAUAAGCGGAACCAUCGCGUUACAAGCCAGUUAUACUGGAUACAACCAGGUGGUCAAAAGAUUGGCGAUCAGGUUUUCGAAGCGUUUGUGGGGAAAAGCGACGACGCUGAGUACAUUAGGUCAUCGAGAACCGACCGGGAUCGCCCAUGGGUAGACAUUAUCCUAUGGACAGCAGUGGUCAUGACGACAAUUGGUUUUGUAGUCCAAUUUAUUGGACUCAGAGGGAUGCACUCAUCUGUCACUGUCGCUCAACUGAUUUCUACCUUGAUCAUGGCAGUUGUAAGAGCAGGCCUUCGA